AUGUCCUUGUCCAACCAGGCCGAGGAGACCAGUCCGGACGCCCACGUGGAGGAGGCAGCAGGUGCAGCCUUCCCCGGGGAUGCAGCGCCCCAGGAGUUCCUCUACUGCGAGAGCUGCGGGAACGUUUACGGAGACGGCGAGGCGUACGCCAGGGAUCACAGUGGGCAGCCCGGAUCCUGCGGCGGCGUUAGUGAGGGACUGGCGUUCGUAGACGAGACGGCAAGAGACUACAUUUUGGAGGAGGUCCACGAGGAAGACAUCGUCGAGCCGGACGUGCCGCUCUGGGAGCUGGUGGAGGAAGUUCCGGCCACGGCGGAGCAGCAUGAGUCCACCAUGUCCGAACGCUACUUCUGCUACGACUGCCACAGCAUUUUCGAGAACCGCAGCAGUGCCGAGGAGCACCUUUGUCCGCGGCCGGAUUCCGGGGCAGGUUCCAGCCAGCCACUCAAGGCGGAGGCCCGUCCCCCAGUUCGUCGAAAGCUGGCCAGUGUUAGUGGCCAGAGGACGGGACCAAAAGACGCCAUCUCCGCAAUUAGCUGUGGGAUCUGCAACACCGUUUUCAGUUCGGACAAGUUCCUAAAGUUCCACAUGCGGAUCCACGACAGUCGCGCCUCCAAGAGCAUCCAGGAGGCCCUUCCCGUGGGCGCCCAUCAGCAGUACAGCGAGCUGAAUCAGUUCUACUGCGAGAUCUGCAACAAGAGCUUUGAUGAGAACCUCUUGACGGUACACAAGCAGAUGCACCAGCAGUCUAGCAACGAGAUUAUGUGCAGCAUUUGCAACCGAAAGUUCGAGGACGACGUUACCUACCAGAUGCACCAAAAGAUCCACGAAAAGCCUCGCGAGACCGACGCAUCCAGCCGAUUGAGCCAGCGUCCUGGACAAGGCGACAACAAGGAGAAGCCCGGCUUUCCCUGCCAGUACUGCGAGCGCGUGUUCACCCGUCCCUUCGAGAAGGUCAAGCACGAACGCGUGCACACCGGCGAGAAGCCCUACGCCUGCGAGGUCUGCGGCAAGACCUUUCGCGUGUCCUAUUCGCUGACCCUCCACCUGCGCACCCACACCAACAUUCGACCGUAUGUGUGCACGGUGUGCAACAAGCGGUUUAAAUCGCAUCAAGUGUACGCCCAUCACCUGCGCAUCCACAGUUCGGAGCGGCAGUUCACCUGCGACGCGUGCCCCAAGACCUUUCGCACCUCCGUGCAGCUGUACGCCCACAAGAACACCCACACCAAGCCGUACCAGUGCACCGUCUGCAAUCGGCCCUUCUCCUCGCUGUACGCCGUCCGGAAUCACAUGGUGACGCACAAGGAGGACAAGGAAAAGGGAACUUCGAACUCCAAGAACGGAAAGAAUGCAGCUGGGAAAUUCUAUUGCAGCACUUGUGGCGCCGAGUAUGCGCGUCUCUUCUCGCUGCGCCUGCACAUGAAGUCGAGCCACGGCGUCGUGGAGGAUGGCGCCGCGCAGCAGGAGGAUCCCUCCUCCACAGCGGAAGAUUUGCAGGCAGCCGAGACCGAUGACUCCGAGACAGCGGUGCUGAUAGCAGCUGCCCAGGCAGAUGCCGCCUAUAUUAACGCUGUGGUGAACGACGUCGAUGUCGUGGGAUCCGUGCCCACCUACGAGGAGUGCGUGGAGUUCGACGUGGACAACUUCCACAGCGAGGAGAUUAUCACGGAUUGGCUUAAGUAACUGUUUAAAUUUCUACUCCGACUAGUAAAUAGAUCUAUUGUUAUACCAAUUGUAAAUACCUUCUUCCUUGGAAGCCAUUAUUAUUCGC